AUGAGUAUCAAGCUAAUUCCUGUUCUUCUAAUCAUCAAAUUGGGGCUCUUGAGAUGUUCCAUAGUGAUCGACAAUUGGUCCCAGAAAUCUAUAAUUGUCUCUGACUACUGCCCAGCCUUUCCAUACUGCAGAGAGGGAGCUCAUACCAUGUGCGUGCAUUAUAAUCCUAAUCAAGUCAUGGGUCCAAAAUGCAGAAAUGGUCAAAAUAUCACGAUCACUGAACAGUUGGCUACACAACUGUUGGAUAUUACUAAUGCUAUAAGAAGCAAAAUUGCGAAUGGUAAAGAAAAAGGCAAGAAUGGCGUGUUGCUGCCGCGGGGGUAUGGAAUAUUUCGACUGCAAUGGGACAAUGAACUUGCAACCUUCGCACAAGUGCUGGCCAACCAAUGCACCCUGCGACAUGAUUUUUGUCGAUCCACCAAAAGGUUCCCAGACCCCGGACAAACGGUGGGUCUCGUGAGAUUUUCGUACCCAGACUGGAAAAUCAUGGCCAAAAAGCAGGAUACACCUGGUUUAACCGAAGCCAAAAUGUCCUAUGCCAUCACAGUGUCUCUCAAGAACUGGUAUAUGCAAAAAGUUGAUGUCACCGAACAAAUGGUGAAGGUAUAUCCUGAUUAUAGUUUAACAUCCACCCCAGGAACACCAGGCCGUCUUUACUUGGAGACAAUAAAUGGUGGAACUACACACAUGGGCUGCGGUUUAUCAGCAUUCUCCGACUUUGUCUUUAAAAACACAAGCCAGAUUAAAAAUAUAUACAAUAGUAUUAUAGUAGUAUGCAAUUAUUCUGCCAGACCCCAAAGAGGAGGUGAAUCGUAUACAACUGAGCCACCAGCCCCAGGCCUAGGAUACAGCCCCAAAUGCGGUUGCCCCCCAGGGUCUACAGAAGAUCAGGAUUGCCUCUGCAAUUUAGAACCGAAGACCCCUGAACAAAAACCACCGAAAAAAUGCAACAGCCUAGAUGGCAAGGGAUGCGAGCCAACCUUGGUUCUACUACCAAUAUUCACGAUAGAAGACGCACCCGAUGACUUAUUAUUUCAACGUGCCGAAAGUAUCAAAGACCCGUUAAAGGAUUUUAUAAUUCAAAGCAUGUACAGAGCGCCAGUAGCACCACCAAUGCUAUCACCAACGGAAGAACCUCCUUUCUCUCUUCCUACUCGACCGGCACUCCCGCCGAGAAAACCACCACCACCGCCCCCACUACCGCCUCCUCCGCCACCACCUCUACGUCCUGCUCAUAUCUACCACCAGAAUCGUGCGCCACCCCCAAUCCCACCACGACCACCACCGCGAAAGCCAUUUCACAUUCGUACUCCGCCAAAACAUGCCUACACUCCAGCUCUAAGGGCGAAUAAUAAUCAUCAUCAUGAUCUGGUACAUUCUGACGAUGAGCUCGAACCACCGAAGAUAGGACCACCCCCAAUACCGCCGAGAAAAUCCCGCAAACAAGUGACAAAGAAAUCUAGUAUAUUCACAAAAGCAGCACAAUUCAAGUUACCAGGCAGCACAAACAUGGUGUCCCCAUUUGUAACGGCAAAGAAAGAUGUACUCCCGCGAAAAGAUUUUUCAAAUUUAAAUAAAAAAGUCGAUGAAUAUCUUCAACGUCAACGGUUUUCAUUCAGAAGGAAUGAUGUUCAUCCAAAAACUGUUACUCCUCAUUUAGAAUCACCACACACCGAUGCACACGUGAAUGAAAUUACAACAGAAACAAUUUUGAAGACUGCUGAAGAAGAAGUCAUGAACUUAAAUCAGUACUUAAAGGAAAAAAAGUACUUAAAAGAAAAUCUGGAUAAUCGGACCUUAGAUAUGGUACUCAAAGAUGAAAAUGACAAAGACAACAAGCUUCUAUCUCUGCUCAAUACUUUGGAAAAAGAAGUGAAACAUGUAGCUCUUGACGGCAACGAAAAAGAAUUAUUUGAUGCAAAAAUUAGAAGAAUCUAUGGGUCUAUCGUAGGCGCCACUGAUACAACAUUAGUUCCAAUUGUUACCACCAACCCUUAUGAUUCAGACAAUGGUGAAAUCGAUAUUGGCAACUUAAAAAGUGCUGGAAAUCAUGGACUUGUUAACUUAACUGACGACGAAAAACAUCCACGUUUUAUAAAUAAAAAUGGUGAGCAUCUCGAAGAAGAUAUACAAAGGGGUCACACAAAGAAUUAUGACUACUUAGUCCACUCAAGGAAAGAAAAAUUAAAAAAUGAUUUGGAACUUAAAAAGUAUAUUAAAAACUUAGAUGAAAAUAUCUUCAGUGAUACAGAAGGUAAACAUGAUGUUUACGAUCAUAACAAAUAUCAUAACAGUUACGGUCACAAAUAUGAAUCCGACGUGGAUCAAAAAUACAUUGACGACUUUGAAAAUAAGUAUAGCGAAAUUCUUGACCGUAACAAAUUCAGUGAUAACAAUUUAGAUCUCAAAUUUGACGCAAAACAUAAACAUUUUGAAAAUGACCGAAAGUAUCACUACGAUGAUAAUUUGGACCAUAAAUAUGAGGAAGCAUUACCACUUCAUAGGAAUACUCUAAAGUACGAAAAUAAAGAUUUCAAUGAAUUCAGGGAAGUAAAACAUAAUUCCUUAACUUCAAUAGAAGAUAAUGCAAUCAAACAUAGCAAUUUGAUGAAAUUUAAGAACGGAGAAUUAGUAAAAAGUAUCCUUGAUAAUGUAGACAGAGAAGGGCACAGAAGCAACGACCCCGAGAAAAGACAUAGAGAUAAAAUAGAUAUCAAAAGAAAUAAAAUCUAUCAUUACCGCAACGAUGAAGUAAACGAACCGUUAAGUAUAGAACGAAGAAAAUAUUAUCAAGAGAAACUUGAAAAUAUAGAAAAAAGGCUUCGUUCAAGUUCAAGAAAUGGUAGACGAAAGAAUGAUAUUCAGAUCAUACAGUUUGUGCAGAUCCUCGCUGUAGUAAGAUGCUCACAAGUAAUUGACUCAAGGUCACAGAACGCGUUGUAUGUCGCCAACUAUUGUCCAGCCUUAAAACACUGUCUAGAAGGCACCCAUGUUAUGUGCAUGUAUUACAACCCCGACCGAACAAUGGGCCCUCUAUGCAGGAACUACGUCACGAUCACAAUCACCCCACAAAUGGUGCGACAAAUACUUAAAGAAGUUAAUGAGAUAAGAAUAAGAGUUGCGUCAGGCAAGGAGACUGGAAAAGAUGGGCGUCCUCUACCAAGAGCAUAUGGGAUGAUGAAAAUGUUCUGGGACAGUGAACUGGCGACGUUGGCUCAAGUGCUAGCUGAUAAAUGCAUGGGACUGAGAGAAGACGAAUGCAGAGCUACUGACACAUUCCCGAAUCCAAGUCAAAUAAUAACCCUGGUUAACUUCAAAGUACCAAACUGGGAUUAUUUGAGCCGUAACACGACCACACGCGGUUUAAAUAAAGAGAAGAUCAGUUUUGCCAUAGAAAAGGCCAUGAGGUCUUUACACGCAGUCAAGAAGCUUGUCACUCCAAAUAAUGUUUAUGACUGUCCUGCUUUAGAGUCAAUUCCAGACAUGGGGACUAGGAGUUACCUAAAACUAAUCCGUGGCAAAGCAACGCAUAUUGGAUGCGGCAUAUCAGCGUAUAGAAGAUACCAGAUUUCAGCUACUGGCGCACAAAAUAUUUAUAAUAGCAUCCAACUAGUAUGUAAUAUAUCUGAUGAACCUCAAAAGUCGCAGCAAAUUUACACCACAGACCCACCAAUACCAGGCACUGGUUUCUCGGACACCUGCGGCUGCCCUCACGGAUACAGGGAAACCACUGGCUGCCUCUGUGAAAGAAAUCCACGCUCAUAUAGUAGAGGGCGUGAAGACAAACAUAAAUAUGAACUGCCAGAAAUUAAUGAAGUGCAGACAACACUAACUGAUGGGCCAAUUAAUGAUCCUGUUGGCCCAUUCGCGGAAGAAAAGCCUAAAGUAGCCAUACUACCAAUAUUUGAAAUACAAGAUGUGCCUCCUAACUCUUAUGAACCAGAGAACGAUGUUGAAUAUCAAUUCCAUAGAAGCUUUGGAAACCGAAGUUUCUUCCCAGAUGAGCAUUCAAUGGAAGAAAACGAAAUUUCAAACGAAAUUGCCUAUAAAGAGAUUUCAAAUGAUAUCAACAAACUUCAUAAAAUUUUUCGCACUAAUCGUCUUCAUAAUAUGCCAAAUAAGGUCCCCAAAAAAGAAUUUGAAGUGCAUGAUGUAAUGAUCAGUGAGGAAUUAAAACCAGAAAGAUAUGAUAUAUACAACAGGUUGGAAAAUAACAUUGAUUCUUAUACAGAAAAUGAAGAUAAGGAUAGCGAUAGAAAAUUUCUUUCAAUCCUAGACCACUUAGAAAAAGCAGUCCAAGAUAUAGAACUCGAAGGUGACGCACGAGAUUUAUUUGACAUCAAGAUGAGAAAAAUAUACGAAGCUGGACUAAAAUUGAAAAAUCAAAAUGUGAAAACUAAAACUGAUGUGUCUUUAGAUAAAAUAAAACAGUUAGAAAUGGAAAAACACUUACACAAAGUUAGGAAUUACAUGCAGCAUAAAAUGAAUUCUCGCGAUGGGGACAGUCAUAUGGACGAACGUAGACAUUGGGCCAGAGAUAGAAAAAUAAACGAACAUACACUUGAAGAUAAAGAUAUGAAUGCUAUGUCUGACAAUGACGCAGAACAGAAAGAAACAGAAAGCGAUGAAAUCUAUAAAAUAAUUGAUGAAAAAUUGAUCGACAUAUUGAACAAAAAAUUUAGUAAUCAGAAAUAUAUGAACGAUGGAAGAAAGUACAGUGAUGAAAAAAGUUACUAUAAUGAGAGGUUAGACGAAAUUGAAGACAAUACCCUCCCCCCUGCUAGAAAACAAGAGAAUAUUAAUAGGUACGAAAAUAAAGUACAAGAAUUUAAAACAGGAAACGAUGUUCCAGAAAAUUUGUUUCAUAAAAAGCAUUCAGUGUCUGAUCAUAAUAAUAAAAUGGACGUUAUUAAAAAACUGAACGAGGAACUUCUAUUAAAGCACCGUGGAGAAUUGAAACAAAGUGUGCAUUCGUAUGAUCAUACUGAUAAACCUAUUGGUAUAAGGCCGACGACUCAUCAAAAGAAAAUGAUGAAAAAGACUCGAAAAUUACAUAAACCCUCGGCGAAUAGGCGAGUUUUCACAGUCAUACGAAACCUGGGCAUUCUGGCGCUUAGCAUUCUGCGCGCGCCUCAAAGAGCUAACAGACGAACACAGAUGGGACCCAAUAGGGCUUCCAUUCAGCCGGGGUCGCGGAACAAGCGCAAUAAUGCAUCGUGGCCUCAGCCUGAAGCAGGUGCUUUCUGGACCUUCAUCACCACUCGAGCACUUGUCCACGCUACGUCUUUCCGACUAAUUCUUAGAGCACCCUUCUGGCCCAUAGGCUGUCUGUCCUUCAAGCAAUGUGUGCCUGAAGAUCAGCUGGGGCUGCGAGUGCAGAAAUGGGAUGAAGAAUUGGCGACGUUAGCUAAAGUACUGGCCAAUCAAUGUAUGGGAGGAAGAGAGGACACGUGCAGAGCAACAGAAAAAUUCCCGAAUCCAAGUCAGAGUAUUGCCAUAAUACACUUUAAGUAUCCAAACUGGGAGUACAUAAGGCACAACAACAACAACACUGGAAAAGGUUUGAACGAAGAAAAACUAAUGUUUUCUAUGGAACGGUUUUUAAAAUCUGCCCAUAUCUUGAAGAAAGCCGUGACAAAGGAUAUCAUUGUGGAAUGUCCUCCGUAUAAUGACUUACCAGAUCUGAAUUUGAAAUACUAUCUCAAAUUAAUACGAGGUGGAGCUACACACAUUGGUUGUGGUAUCUCUGCGUAUUCCAAAUACAAAGUUGAUGGCCAAACUGAAUCUAUUCAAAACAGUGUACAAGUUGUAUGCAAUAUCUCAGAAGGUCCUCAAUCUGGUGAGCCUGUCUACAAUACUGAUCCUCCAAUACCUGGUCAGGGUCUUACAAAGCGCUGUGGCUGUCCAAAAGGAUACAAGGAAACGAGGAACUGUCUUUGUGAAAAAGUAUCAGACGAAUGGAUAAAUCAUAAUCACAAAACAAUAACGUUUCGCCCUCACUGGGAUUUGAAAAAACACGGCUUUGCAGAAGAUACCACGAAACCGAACUAUAGCAAAAGUAAAAGUGUUGAAAACCUAACUGUUGAAGAUAAUAAUGAUAAAUUCGAAGUGAAAAUGACGGAUCAUCCCUCUUCUGUAAUUAAAUCCAGCAAGAUCAAGGGAAUGGCUAGCAAAAAUAAUGAAAUGCAUAGCCCAAGAAACAAAAAUGUAAAAAUAAUCAAUAGGAAGAAUUUAGAUGAUAUCAAACCAAAUCACAUGAUUAGAAAAAUGGCUGAUGAUUCUAAUGAAUCACUGCAACAGAUAAUAACAAAACCAACAGUAACAAAGAAGAAAUACUUAAGGCCAAAACCAAAUGUUAAGAAAAACAUAAGCUUUAAAAAACAACCUAGUAUCUUAGACAUUUCUGAAUCCAACAGAAGCAAACUUGAAAAGAAAAAGCCUUUAUCUAGCGUUACAGAUGAUGAAUUUUCGUACAAUAUCUUUGAAGAAGUUACAAACGAAAAUCCUUUAAACAAAGCAGAAAACAAUUUUGUUGUCAACUAUCAGAAUAAAAAUCAAAACUUACAUAAAAGUGAUGGGCUAAUGGUUAAAGAAAAGAAAGAUGACAAACGGCUACAAAAUGUAUUAAAUAUGUUAGAAUAUGAAGUGAAAAAUAUUGAUUUUGAUACCAAUCUAAAACAUUUCUUUGAUACAAAAAUGAAACAAAUUUAUAAAUUAGCUGUAAAUAAAGCUAAAGAAUCUACAUCCAUGAAAUCACCAUUUAAAAAACCAACAGUAAAAGCAGACAAGAUUUUGAGAGAUACAAAAUUAUAUUCUGACAAUAACAAUAAUAUUAACAAUGAAAAUGAACAAGUGGGGACCAAAACGAUCAAAGAUUAUCAUAAUAGAGAACAAAAAGCUAUAGCAGAUGAAACGUUCACACGCAGUCAAAUUGAUGGAAUCGACAAUAUGGACCGUAACUAUGAUGACGUAGAACACAUGUAUGAAGAAACUCCAAUCGAAAUGCAAGAACAUAUUCAAAGUGCAAUUGACAAUGGUUACGAAGAUAUGCCUGUUAUUGAUUCAAAUACAAGAAAUGUUUAUAAAAUAAGUCAAAAUCAAGGGCAGAAGAGAUACCCAAACAAUGAUUUUAAAUACAAUGAUAUCUUAAAUGACAAAUAUUCCGUAGAUCGCCAAUACGAAGACAAUCCAAUAAAGUAUGAAAUCAGAAAUCAACAAACUCUAUUAACUAAUAACAGUAGUUCUGACAUUAUAAAUAAACUAUCACCAAUGUCAAUUAGUUUUAAAAACUCUGAUAACUUUGAUGAAACCAUCGAUGAAAUAAGGCCGAAUGAAUCAUCGGAAAUGGCAAAUUCUGGAAGGCAAGAUGGGCGGGAGAGAAAAAAUAUUAAAAUAUCAAUUUUCGAAAAUGAGAGACCUUUAGCCGAAGAGUAUGAUCUUAAUAUGUUUGAAAGAAGAGCUAAACUCCAAGAUAAUGAGCCACAAUUUACUCGUUCGCAACAAUUGCAAUUCGAUCGACAAACCCAAACAUUGGAAGCAAAAGAUAAGGACGAUCAAGGCUUCAUUAAUUUAUUCAACAACCAGGACUCUUUAAACAAGAAUGAUCGGGUAUGA